CGCGGCGCGGUUUGUUGUGGCCCCGGCCAGGUUAGGUUAUGUAAGCUCUCAUUCAGCCGUCGCUCAGUCGCGUUGUUCCCGAAGCCCACUUCAGUUGGUGCUUCCUCGCCGAUAAUGUCAUAUUGUUGACCCCAUGCCGAGCCGAUCCAAUAGUGAAGUGACCAUGGGCCUCAGUGAUGAGUCCGAGCCUCUCUUGGUGUCCGCCAAGAAGACAUCCUCCACCAAAACUUACAGCACUUUAGGUUACCAAAACCACCGCAAUGGAUCACAGAAGGAACUGAGCAAUGGACUGUACCUGGAGCUGUCAGAUACAGAGAAGAAGCCUCAGGUGAAUGGCUACAGCAGUGGUAGUGGAGGUUCCGGCAGCCCCUACUCCACCGUCUCAAUACUCCCCAAAGAGAAUAUCACCUACACCUGGAGCAAUGUCAAUGUUUUCACCCGCUUGGAGCACAGACAGAACCGUGUGGUCAACCUGGUUCAUAAUGUCGUCCAUAGAGACAGGCCCCAGCAAAGAAAACACAUCCUGAAGAAUGUGACGGGAGUGGCGUACCCUGGAGAGCUCAUGGCACUCAUGGGGUCGAGUGGAGCUGGCAAGACAACGUUACUCAAUAGUCUCACGUUCAGAGCCCCCAAAACACUGGCAGUUACUGGUCACAGGGCUAUCAAUGGAGUGCCUGUCGACGCUAACGCACUGGCAGCACUGUCAGCUUACGUGCAGCAAGAUGAUCUGUUCAUCGGGACCCUUACAGUGCGAGAACAUCUCAUCUUUCAGGCUCUAGUCAGGAUGGACCGACACAUUCCCUAUGUACAGCGAAUGAUCAGAGUGGAAGAGGUUAUCAAUGAUUUAAUGCUGACGAGGUGUCAAGACACAGUAAUAGGAGUUCCGGGUAAAAUCAAAGGCAUAUCUGGAGGGGAGAUGAAGAGGUUAUCAUUUGCUUCAGAGGUGUUAACAAACCCACCUCUGAUGUUCUGUGAUGAACCAACUUCUGGUCUGGACUCGUUCAUGGCCCAGAAUGUAGUUACUGUGCUCAAGUCUCUGGCAGAGAAGGGAAAGACCAUAGUGUGCACAAUCCACCAGCCAUCCUCCGAGGUAUUCUCCAUGUUCGACAAGAUCUUGCUCAUGGCAGAGGGUCGUGUGGCAUUCCUUGGAACUCCAUCAGAAGCCAUUGACUUCUUUAAAACUAUGGGAGCGGUAUGUCCGAGUCACUACAAUCCUGCAGACUUCUUCAUCCAGCUGCUAGCUGUGGUACCUAACGCUGAGGAGUCCUGCCGUAACAUGAUCGAGAUGGUCUGUGACUCUUUCGCCACUUCCGAGAUCGGAUCCAAAAUCUCCAUGUUGGCUGAGGUCGGGGGAGGGACAAAGGUAAAGUCUGCUUGGAAUUGGUCUGACCCCUUCAACAACUCUGUGUCAAUGUACAAAGCUUCCUGGUGCGCACAGUUCCGAGCAGUUUUCUGGCGUUCCUGGCUCAGUGUCAACAAGGAACCGGUGCUCAUCAAGGUCCGAAUACUCCAGACUCUGAUGGUGUCACUAAUGGUGGGUAUAAUAUAUUUUGGUCAAGAUUAUGAUCAAGAUGGCGUUAUGAACAUCAACGGAGCUCUCUUCAUCUGCAUCUCAAAUAUGACCUUCCAGAAUGUAUUUGCUGUUAUUACUGUGUUUUGCUCGGAAAUGCCAGUAUUCAUGAGAGAACACUACAAUGGGAUGUACCGGACGGACGUGUACUUCUUGUGUAAAACACUUGCAGAGGUGCCAAUAUUCCUCGUGAUUCCAGUCCUGUUCACCUGCAUCAUGUACUACAUGGUGGGGCUCAACCCUGAUCCUAGCCGCUUCUUCCAGUCCAUAGUCAUCAUUACGCUGGUCAGCAAUGUGGCCACGUCCUUCGGUUACUUCAUCUCCAGUGUGAGCUCCAGUAUAGCCGUCGCCCUCUCUAUCGGACCGCCAAUCAUCAUUCCUUUCCUUCUCUUUGGAGGUUUCUUCCUCAACGUCGGAUCGGUUCCUCCGUACUUUAAGUGGCUUAGUCACCUGUCCUGGUUUAAGUACGGGAACGAGGCACUGCUAAUCAACCAAUGGGACAACAUCAAGGACAUCGCUUGUACACGUUCAAACACAACCUGCCCGAGCGAUGGUCAUGUCGUGUUGGAGCAGUUCAACUUUAGUGAGAGAAACUACAUCUGGGACUAUAUUUGGUUGGUGGUUCUUAUCAUCGGAUUUCGAGUGGUGGCAUUCCUUGCCUUGCUCUACAGAACUUCCAGAAGACGGUAGAGCCCUUUAAAUUAAUUUCCAACAAAAAUUAUUCCAAUGUGCCAGGAGGCUAUUCUAUGAAGUUACAGUCCGUGUCAAGAUGAAUUUGUGAAAAUUGUUCUGUAACGAAACAUUUAAAAUCUAUUUUGUUCUUGAACAUGUGCUACUGUAAAUGUUUGACCUUUAUAUUAGAGUUUAAGGAAAAAUAUCAACAUAACUUACUACCUUUUAAAGUAUAUUCUUAAUUUAUGUACUCAAAGAAUACAUUUAAAACUCGUUUAUCAGGAAACGUUACAAUACAAAUGCAAAUUUGUAUGUUAUGAAUUCUUAAAAAAGUAAAUAGACAUUGGUUUGACAGUGAAUUGGGCUUUGUAUUAGAAGUGGGGGAAAAUUUAAGUUUUCUAUUGUUAAGAGUAGGAUGACCCUUACUAACAUUUAUUUGCUAUGCCAAAACAUGAAAUAUUAAGCAUUUAAUAUAAUAUGAGAAUUCAGCAUGUUUUCCUUUUUGAAUUAAUUUUUAUUUUUGAGAUUUAUAAAUGGUAUUUAAAUUUCAUAUAAUUUAUUAAACAAGCGUAUUUAAUAAAAUUAAAUAUGCUUUUUGAAUAAAUAGUUGACUGCUUGCUGAUUUUUACUAUACUUUAGAUACAUAUAUUUUUAUUUUUCAGACAGAUAAUGUAUUGUUCUACUAAGAAUGUGAUAAUGUUGUUCCUUUUUUCAAACUGUAUGUUAACGAUAUAUGUAACUUAAAAUGUUAAUUAAGGUGGGUGUUAUAUUCUUC